AUGCGGACUUCUUUCUUCCUGGCUCUUGCUUUCAUCAUCACGCGCGUCUGGGCUGGCGGGUAUCAAGGUGCUCUCGAGCGCUUGAUGCUCUUCUACGCCUUCGAGAUUGAUGAGCUCAAUGACCCAGCCCAACGGACCAUUGGCUUCACCUGCGUCCGUUGGAGGAAUGGCGAAUGCGAGAAUGACAUUUGGAGGGAAUGCAGGCCGAAGCCUAUAACUGGCAGGUCUAGAUGCAACUUCAAUGACCUUCAGGUCUUCCUGGGGAAACUGGAUACCGAUAAACCGGAACUGGUUCACGGAGCAGACCAAAACACCAAGACCCCUGAUAUUGUAGAGACGGCAAAGAAUGUCUAUGAACAGUAUGUGGUCAAGCAGGAAAAACCUGUGUACAACUUUCCAACCUACAAGGCUGUGAAGGGUGCAGAUGGGAACUUCAAUAAAUACAUCAAACACCUUGCGCAAACGGUCGCUCAGACGUCGAGCCGCCAAACCGCGGCCAACAAGGUCCUUUUCGACAACUUCAAAACAUCAUUGAACCAAGUCAAGAUCGUCCGGGCAGGCGAUCACGGUGCGCAUCUCAUUGACGCUGCUGAAAAGGAGCUUGGAAUACCGAACGACAUGGAGAUCAAGAAGGAAGCGCUGGGCAUCAAUCCUAUCGAUGGCAACACGAUGUACACUCUUGACUGGAAAGCUACUAUCCUUGCUGCAGAGGCAAAUGGUAUAGAAAAUGCUUCGAAGAUGGUCAAAGACUGGCAAAAGAAAUGGCCGCGAGGGGGAGGGGGAUCAUCUCGCCCUCAAUGA